UGGUCCUGGAGCAGAUGAGCGCAGAAUAUUUAGGCGAAAGCGCGAGGAGGGAGGGGAGCGCGGGGCAGGAGGAGUAUCUCGGCCCAGAAAAUUAUGCAUGCGUUAGGGAAGCUCUGAGAGAAUGGCUGUGGAAGCUCUCCACUGCGGUUUGAACCCACGGGGUAUCGAUCACCCUGCCUGUGCUGAAGGUAUUAAACUGCAGAUUGAAGGUGAAGGUGUUGAUUCUCACUCUAUUAAAAACAAAAAUUUCCAGAAGGUGCUUGACCAAAAAGGAACCCCCAAGCAACUUCAGGCAGAAGCCGAGACGGCUAAGUCGGCUACGGUGAAGCUGUCCAAACCAGUGGCUCUGUGGACUCAGCAGGAUGUCUGCAAGUGGUUGAAGAAACAUUGUCCGAAUCAGUAUCAGAUCUACAGUGAGUCAUUCAAACAGCAUGACAUAACUGGGCGAGCCCUGCUGAGACUUACAGACAAAAAGCUUGAGCGGAUGGGGAUUGCCCAGGAGAGCCUCCGGCAGCACAUCUUACAACAGGUGCUCCAGCUGAAGGUGCGAGAAGAAGUCAGAAACCUACAGUUACUCACACAAGAUCAAGUAAAUGCACGAAACCCCAUAACGUAUGACAUGGUUUCCCAAACCACAGCCCUGUCAUAGGGCUGAAUGCCAAUCCAGGGAUCCAGUUUUCCCCUUCCUUUCGUGCAACUUCUCCUAUCCCUGAGAUGGAUAUCUUCCACGCUCUGCAAAAAAAAAAAAAAAAAAAAAAAAAAAGGAAGGACGUUUCAAGAAUAC